UUCAGCUUCAUUUAAACCUCCAGCAGCUGCGGAGGAGCAGCCACUCUUCCCCAGCAGCUCAGCCGCCCUCAGGUCGCGGUCUCUCGGCCAUGGCUUCCGUCACCUGCCGGGUCCAGUACCUGGAGGACUGGGACCCCUUCAUCUGCACCAACUUCCCCGAACCCCGGAGACCUCCGACCGUGGAGGUGGAGGAGGACCAGCCGCUGAGCGAACAGAUUCCCGGGAUCCACAAGCUGCUCGGAGCGCCGCACAAGUUAGAAGACUGCACCCUGCAGGUGUCUCCAAGCGGGAGCUACCUGGACCUGGACUCUUCUCUGGCUGAGCAGCGGGACGACUUGGAGAAUUUCUACGAAGACGUGGCGAAGGGAAAGAAGCCGAUCCUGAUCCUGAGGACUCAGCUCUCCGUUCGUGUUCACUUCAUCCUGGAGAGGUUGUACAACUCCAAAGGCCCAGAACUCAGGAAGUGUCUGUUCUCCCUGAAGCAGCUCUUCCAGGAUGAUAAAGAUCUGGUCCCAGAGUUUGUUGCCUCUGAAGGUUUGACGUGUUUCAUCAAAGUUGGAGCUGAAGCCGACCACAACUAUCAGAACUACAUCCUGAGAGCUCUCAGUCAGAUCAUGCUGUUCGUUGACGGGAUGAACGGAGUGAUAAACCACAACGAGACGGUGCAGUGGCUCUACACGCUGACGGCCAGUCUGUCUCGCCUGCUGGUGAAAACGGCUCUGAAGCUUCUCAUCGUGUUUGUGGAGUAUUCAGAGUCCAACAGUCCUCUGCUGAUCAACGCCGUCAACACGGUGGACUCCAUGAGGGGUGUGACGCCAUGGACGAAUAUCAUGGAUAUCCUGGAUGAGAAGAACGGCGCCGACACGGAGCUUCUCAUUUUCACCAUGACGCUCAUCAACAAGACUCUGGCGGCGCUCCCAGACCAGGACUCCUUCUACGACGUGACGGACUGUCUGGAGCAGCGUGGGAUGGAGGCCAUUGUCCGUAAACACAUGAGCAACAAGGCGACGGAACCGGACCUGAAGGCCCAGUUCUCAACCUAUGAGACAGCUCUGAGGUACGAGGACGGAGAUGUCGACGACUCCGCCCCCAAACCCCAAAAAGAGAGAAGAAAGAAGGUCGGCGCCAACCAAGAGGGCCGGAGGAGUCGCCGUUCAUCCAAUCAGAACCUGCCAGACCUCUUGUCCUCCUCCCCCACCUCUCUCGUCGUGUCCCCCUCCUCAUCCACUGUCCUCUCCCCGUCCUCCACCGUAUCCAGUCCCUGUCUCACGCCCACCCUCGGCAGCAGGCCUUCCUCCCCUCUGUCCUCUGGACUCAGCAGCUGCGCCUCCAGCCCGUCGGGCUCCCGGAGGGGCUCCCCUCUGCCCCCCACUAUAGCCGUCAUUAAGGACUUGUCCUCAGAACCAGAGUCCAAGGCGCCUCCCAGCGGGAGUCGCUCUUUCCUCAGCCAUCACAUGUCCGCUCUGGGUCUGAGCAGGAAGUCACGGCUGUUCUCCAAAACCAGCUCCAUCUCUGAGGAGCCUCCGUCCGGCUGCAGCAGCUUGCCUCCUUCGGACCUCCCGCCUCGGGAAAAGGAACCGUCCCCGGAGCAGCCUAGCAUCCAGCCGGAGCCCAAACCUCGUCUAAACUCAGUGGAGACUGAGGAAGACUCCUGCCCAGAGGAAUAUGUCGCGAGUCGGACCAAGCCGGUGUGGAAGAAUUACGAAGACGGCUUCCUGCGCAGCCUGACAAGAACUCAGCGGGAGAAGAGUAAAAGGAGCAAAGAUCCAAGCAGAUCGCAGCCGCCCUUUUCUGACGAUAAAACUCAGAGUUCAAAGACGGAAGCUGAGCCGAGCGACGGCACGCCGCCUGAACGUCCCGGUUCAGCAUCCAGCAGCUCGGGAACAAACUCAGACACCCGAAAUGAUCCAGAAGCUCCUGAGCUUUUUGGCGACAAAAUUCUUCACCUGAAUAAGAGGUUUUUCUACUCCACUGACUCGGAGCUUCAGGACCCGAAGGAUUCUGCUUCUGGUGCUGCUGAAGAGGAAGAAAAAAGCUGCACUGCCAGUGAGUUUGUCCCUCAGUCGCCGCAGUUCAUCUCCAGCAAUCAGGAGCAGAGUAAUACCUCUCGGUUUGCUCUCCCUUCAGGCGAGGAUGUUUCUGGACCCGUGUCAGAACGCCUGUCCUACUUCAGAGCGCGCUCAGUUGAGUCCAGUGGAACCAGUGGGACCAGCGCCUCCCAAAAGGCGGAGCUGGAGGGCCUGGAAGGCUCAGCCCAGGCGGCCCGGGCGCGGCUGGCCGAGGAGCAGAAGAACCGAUCCGCCCGGCCGCAGAGCGGCGUGGAGGCGGAGCCUCCUGGCCGCCGCCUGGAGAAGAUGGCGUCCGUAGGAUCGGUGGACGUCUGGGACCAGAAGCAGCUGAGCAGCUCUGACCUUCGCAUCAAAGACCUGGACUUCUCUGACCUGCUGGAGGACGAGGACAAUGACGUCCUCGCCAUGGACAACAUCGACUCAACCAGCUCCGCCCCCUGUUUCUCUGGCGUCCCCCCUCCUCCCCCGCCUCCCCCCAUGCUGGGUUCCGCUGCCCCUCCUCCGCCUCCUCCUCCCCCACCUCUUCCCGGUGUUCCUCCUCCUCCACCUCCUCCCCCUCCUCUCGGUUGUGGUAUUCCUCCCCCUCCGCCCCCCCCGGGAGCUCCUCCUCCCCCCGGCUUGUCCUCAGGACUGAUGAGGAAGAAGAAGACGGUGAAGCUGUUCUGGAAGGAGCUGAAGCAGGCAGAAAGUCCUCAGAAGUGUCGCUUCGGUCGGGGGACGGUGUGGGCGUCUUUGGACAAGGUGGAGGUGGACACGGCCCGCCUGGAGCACCUGUUCGAGUCCAAAGCCAAGGAACUGCCUGCUGCUAAGAAAGGACCGGAGACCAAAAAAUCAGAGAUUCUGGUUCUGGAUCCAAAGAGGAGUAACGCCAUCAACAUCGGUUUGACCGUCCUGCCUGCCGUCCACGUCAUCAAGGGCGCCAUCCUCAGCUUCGAUGAGUUCGCCAUCAGCAAGGAGGGGAUCGAGAAGAUCCUGACCAUGGUUCCCACUGAGGAGGAGAAGCAGAAGAUCCAGGAGGCUCAGAUGACCAAUCCUGACGUCCCCCUGGGAACAGCAGAGCAGUUCCUCCUUACCUUGGCCUCCAUCACUGCCUUGACCCCCCGCCUGCAGCUCUGGUCUUUCAAACUGAAUUAUGAGGUGCUGGAGAAGGAGAUCGCAGAGCCGCUGUUUGACCUGAAGCUGGGCAUGGAGCAGCUGGCGUCCAACCAGACCUUCAGGAGGAUCCUGGCGACUCUCCUCGCCAUCGGAAACUUCCUGAACAGCAGCAAUGCUAAAGGCUUCGAGUUGAGUUACCUAGAGAAGGUGGUGGAGGUGAAGGACACGGUUCAUCGUCACUCUCUGCUGCAUCACACCUGCAGCCUGGUGAUGGAGAAUUACCCAGAAUCCUCUGACGUCUACUCGGAGAUCCCCGCCAUCACCCGAUCCGCUAAGGUGGAUUUUGACCUGCUGGCGGAGAACCUGCUACAGCUGGAGCGGCGCAGCAAAGCAUCAUGGGACAACCUGAAGGUGAUGGUCAAACAUGAAACCAAGACGGCGCUGAUGAACAAGAUGACGGAUUUCCUGAAGGACUGCAGGCACAGAAUCGAGAUUCUGAAGGUCGUCCACAGACGCGUCAUCCACAGGUUCCACUCCUUCCUGCUGUUCCUGGGUCAGCCAACCUCCUCCGUCCGAGACAUCAAGGUCACCAGUUUCUGUCGGAUCAUCAGCGAGUUUGCUCUGGAAUACAGAACCACCAGAGAACGCGUCCUGACCAUCAAACGGAAACGAGCCCUCCACCGGGAACGCACCAAGACCAGAGGAAAGAUGAUCACCGAGAUGGAAAAGUUUUCGGGAGCGGUGCCUCGUGAGGACAGCCCCUCUCCCGUCUCCACGGCAGCAGAACCGGGUUCCGAUCAGGAAGAGGAGCACGAGAACAUGAAGAACAUGCUGAUCAGCGACAACAGCCUGACUGUAAACCCCCGAGGCCUGAGGCGAUCCAGAGCAGUUCGCAGUCUGAGUCCGAGGAUUAGUACGCCCAACAUGUCCGCCGCCAGAGAGGACGGGACCGUCUCCCAGGACGACGCCACCGAUGACAUCAUGGAUCGGCUGGUGAAGUCCGUGACCCGGAACCCGACAAACAGAACCGCCAGCCCGAAGAGCCGUAAACGGGCCCGCCUCAACAGGAAGUCCUUGAGGAGGACUCUGAAGAACGGUCUCGGUCCAGACGGGAUCCAGGCUCUGGAUCUUUACAACAACAAGCCAGGAGACAAAGUCUGACCCAGGAAGGUCGUCAGGAGGAGCCUCUGCAGCAUUUUAACCCAGCAGCAGCUUCCUCACUGAUCUGAGCUCCAGGCAGCAGAACCGUUGGGAUGCCAUCAGAACCCUGAGCCGGUACCGCUCAUCAGAAGGUCCGGACCUUCUUAUCGUCUGAUCUCCUGCUGCAGUGUUUGUAGAUGAACCUUCAGAGCAGCUGAACGCCGACAGAAGCUCAGAAUGUUCUGAUCCUGCUGCUGAUAACCAGACAGAACACCUUGAUUUAUCACAGCUGCUGCCGACGCCAGGAUUUACCUGCCGGGUCGACGGUUCCGAUCCGGUUUAACGACCGGAGGCAGAACCUGAAUACGGAUCAGAAGCAGGAUUUAUUCAGAUAAACUGAUGGUUGCUGUUUCACUCCAGAACCUCCUGCUGAACCAGUUCUGCUCUGAGGUCCCGGUCCGUCUGUUCUGUUCGGUUCUGUCUGUGUUGCAUAACUUCUCUACGGUUUGGAACCGUCACUCAAACAUCACGGAUGAUCUCCCACCUUCGCUGAACGGUUGAUGACCUCUGAGCUGCGGCGCCUCAGAUGAGGACGUUCCGGGUCACAUGGUACCAAACGGGCUCCUGCCUCCAGGUGUGUGGAUGGGAGUUCACUGCUUUUAGACUUUGAGGUUUUCUCCUUCCUCCCAGAGAUGAGGACCUUGAAGAUGUUUUAGCUGUGGUUGAUUGUGUUUCUGCUGUUAUCAAUAAAGGUUUCAAUAAAUAAGAA